CUUCUACAAAGCCCGAGGCAGAAUGAAGAUAAAGCCCAGAGAAGCUUCUGGAUUCUCAAGCGUCACAUACUCCCCGUAAGAUAAAUGCAAGGAAACUCCAUUUCUGUGCCAUAAACACAAUAUUUCAAAGCUCAAUUUCUGCAGAUAACAAUGGCUGAUGGUAUCUAUAGUCACCCUUUUAGGCGCCUUUUCUUGAACCCUCCUAUCUUCCGUGAAUGGUCUGGAUCAACUGCUCUCUUGGACUGGCUUGAAACCUCUUCUGCACAUAUCUUCAAACUCAAUGUUCCAGGGUACAGCAAAGAGGAAAUAAAGGUGCAAGUGGAAGAAGGGAACAUUUUGCACAUAAAGGCAGAGGUAGGAAAAGAAGAGGAACGAGGAAAGGACAUAGUUUGGCAUGUCGCAGAGAGAGGGACAGGGAAAAGGAACUUUUCUAGAGAAAUUGAAUUGCCGGAAAACGUGAAAGUGGAUCAAAUUAAGGCUCAGGUGGAGAAUGGUGUGCUUACCAUUGUUGUGCCAAAGGAUUCAGCCCCAAAGCCAUCUAAAGUUCGAAAUAUCAACAUCACUAGCAAGCUUUGAAAAAUAAAAUAUAAGCUACAAAUGAGGAUAAUGUAUUUGGCUUAUGCACUGGUUCUUCAGUCGUGAAAAUGCUGUGUGAUAUAUAUUACCAAAAUGUUUAAAUGUAAUAAGGUUGUCCUAAAACUUAAAAAGACCCUCUAAGUAUGCAAAUAAAAGAAAAUGUUAUAAAAAA